AUGAAUAUAAUUUCUCAAGGGGAAGAAGUUUCGGCGGAUACUGUGCUUAGAAUCGUCUCAAACUCCAUAGAUAAGUUUAAAAGCAUGGAAGAAUCCGACUCUGGAGUCGAUAAGGAUCCAGCUACCCAGGAAACGUUUAAAACCCCGAGUGACGGCCAGAAAUUAUCUAAAUAUGAACUGUGGAAGAUGAAGGUAGACGCUUUGAGGGAAUUUUCCAUUCCCAAUCCGAACUCGUCCCAUUCCUUCUCUGGCCACAUCGCCUUUCUGGAAUCAGUUAAAAAGUACAUCACUGACCAGAAAUAA